AAGAGGAGAGAGGGUGUUGAGAGUGUUGUGUUCACACCCGACUCACCCAACGGAAGAGAGGAGAGCAGGAGACAGAUGACCAGAGACAAGCCAAUCACACUGAGACGGUUGACUUACCACACCCACCAACGCACACACAAGCCACACACACAUACCACAUGUACACCACACACACACACACACACACACACCACACAUACACCUAAAGAGAGCAACUCAGACACAUACACAAAGACUUGUAAAUCUGUUCAGACACAUGUACAAGCAAACAUACAGACAAACACACACAGACUUUCACUUUUCUCAGAGAACACUGUUCGCCAGGUCCAGAUGAAGAGGAAUGCGUUCAGGAGGACAAGAGGUGACCAGGAAACACACACUGGACUUGGACCUCCAAUCUCCCACCAACAGGCGUGUAACAAACACACACACACACUGUCAGAGCAAGACCAGGAGGACAGAAGCUGGACUGUACUCUACAUUCUGCUGUGACAAGAGAUGGACACACGCUCUCUUCACACAGCCAAGGACCUCUGCUUGGAGCCACAAAACAACCUGUCACUUGGAGUAACACACUGUCUCUCAUCUGAUCUGAGCCAGAACGGAACCAAGCACCUGGAACCUGGAACAUUGACUGUGUCCAGCACAUGCUUUGGGCUUUGACCACCUUCAUCCAGGAAGAUUGCACACAGACAGAGACCCGGAUCUAGCCUCUGACCUCUCACCUGCAACCUGUGGCUGGCGGUGUGACGGCUUGUCUACUGUGGAGCAGCACCUACUCUCUUUCUCUGUUCUCUCUGGUCUCGCUCCUUACAUGGUCUCGUUCUUUAGUCUCACUGUCUAGUUAAUUAUCUUGGUCUCUCUCUUCUGUCUUUUAAGACUUCUUUGGUUACUCUCUCCAUCUUCUUGUUCUCUCCCGUGUCUCUCCCUAGCCACUAUCUCUCUCCUCCAGUCUUUCUCUCUAGUCUCGCUUCUGUCUCUCCCCUCCAUCUCCCUCUCUGUCUCCUCACAUCCUCCCGCUAUGAUGCUGAGGAGAGACCGUCUGCUCCUGUCUGUGACCCUCACAGCCAUCUUCACUGCUGACCUCUACUUCGUCCUGCUCCCCAAGCUCCGCCACAGACAACCAGGACCAGAUGAUGGAGGCUGCAUUUGUCCCUCCUCCAGGGGGACUAACUUCACCCUUGCCGGGUACAGCGGCCUCACCGCCCCCUGGCCCUCCAACACCACCUCCAUGGACCUCCAGGGGAUGGGGGUCAGAGCUACGGACAACCUUACAGAUUGGGGCUCGAAGCUGGAGAGGCUGUUUGCUCAACCCCUGUAUAACAUCCAGACACCGGAGCUGGUGCUAGAAGAGAGGCUGUUACAGUCUGAAGAGGUAAUGGGGUAUUACAGGAGGAAGGUCUCGCGCUGGGAGAGGCAUAUGAAGCUGUACAGCGAGGCAGCAACGUUGCUGGAACACCAAGCGACCUUUGACCCUGAGGCCAGCUGGCUGAAGUUCCACCUGGGCAUUAAUCGCUACGCUCUGUAUGCCCGCGAGGACCCCACAAUCCCCCGCCUGCUGAAGGACAUGCAGUCCACCGCCGUCAUCAGCGCAGAUUACACUCAAGACGAAAAGGCCCUCAAAGGAGCGUGUGACUGUACCCGGGUGGUAAAGCCCAGUGGAUACCACCUCAAGCUGGCCCUGAAGAUGCAGAACUUUGGCAAGGCCAUGUUCAAACCCAUGAGACAGCAGAGAGACCAGGAGACUCCUGAUGAUUUGUUCUACUUCGUCGACUUCCAGAGACACAAUGCUGAGAUUGCUGCCUUUCAUCUGGACAGAAUCCUGGACUUCCGGAGGGUACCGCCGGUGGUGGGCAGGCUGGUGAAUUUGACGGGGGAGAUUCUCCUGACCACUCACAAUGAGGACCUAAGGAGUGUGUUCUUUACCUCUCCAGCGAACAACACGUGUUUCUUUGCUAAGUGUCUGUACGUGUGUAAGACGGAGUAUGCAGUGUGUGGGAGCCCUGACUUGCUGGAGGGCUCCAUGUCAGCCUACCUCCCCGGUCUCAGCAUCGCCCCUCGUAUCUCCAUCCCCAACCCGUGGAUACGAUCAUACACCUUCACUGGCAGGGAGGAGUGGGAGGUGAACCCCUUGUACUGUGACAACAUAAAGCAGCUGUAUCCCUACAACUCAGGGAACCGACUGCUCAACAUCAUAGACAUGGCCAUCUUUGACUUCCUUAUUGGUAACAUGGACAGGCACCAUUAUGAGAUCUUCACCAAGUUUGGCGAUGAAGGUUUUCUUCUUCACUUUGACAACGCCAGAGGGUUUGGGAAGCAUUCUCAAGAUGAGAUGUCCAUACUGGCUCCACUGUCACAGUGCUGCAUUAUAAAGCGUUCCACGUUACUGCGGCUGCAGCUCCUCUCCCAGGACCGCUACAGGCUCAGUGACGUGAUGAGGGAGUCCCUGGGAGGAGACGCACUGCAGCCGGUCCUUACUGAGCCCCACCUGCAGGCCCUGGACCGCCGGCUGCAGCGUGUUCUGAAGACAGUCCACAGGUGUGUCCGCAGGCUGGGAGAGGCUCAGGUGAUCACCACAGACUUUGUUGAUACCUCCGCCAUGCCUGAGUCUGUCAAACCAGUAUCUGCGCCCAACAAGGAGAGGUAACUAAGGUUAACAAGGAAUUCAAAAGAAGUGCACUAUAAUAGGGGAAUAGGGUGGCAUUUUGGACGUAUCCCCAAGUCCUACAAGGGGAGGUAACUUAAGACCAAGGACAGCCUGAGGACCAUGAUGGCAGGUGACCUCGUCCUGUAAAAGCAGGAACCACAGGGUCUGGUCCCUCUCACAGAGUAAUGCAUUUCGAACUAGUCUUUGAAGUCAAACCUUUGGAAUGAUACGGUCUGCUUUAACAAUAGACAACAGCACUGCUUUCCUGCACUGUCAAAAUGUCACACAUGGCCUUGGGCUAUGAGGUCACCUGAGGUCACCUUCCAUGCAUUGCACCCUCUCUGGAGAUCCCCUCUGCCUUGCAGUGCAUUGAAAUGGACCUACAGUAUCAGUGCAUCAAAGGAGCCAAAUUACUGUGGAAGAUGCACUGGAUAAUUUAAGAUGAUUUCUGCCUUUUCACAAUUUCACACCCUUCUUCAGUACUCAACAGUCAUGUGACUGUCAUUUGAAUUCUAUGUAAGGAUGAUUGCACAUCGGUUCUGUGAAGUAACCUUGUACCAACAGAUAUUUAAUCAAAUAUAAAUUUGGAAAUAAAGGUUAUGAUUUGGA